GAGCCACUUAUCACGUAAUACCUUCAAGCAACACAUGAAUGCAAUGGCAGUUUUCAACUCCCAUCAGCAUGAACACACAUGUAGGAGUGAGCUCAAGCGAUGAGCAUGGCUGCUCAAUGCACUCGGUCAUCUCCAAAGUGAAGUCACUUCCAAACUCAAGGUCAUUGCCGUGACCUCACCACUCUCAACUGAGAACAUAACGAUAACGAUUGCAGACAUGAAAAUUAGAACCCUGAUGGCUGAGCAUUUGGCAAAAGUUUCUCCGCAGCCCUUUGUUUCAAAAUUGAUAUCAUCAGAUCCGAUGGUUAGCGGCGGAACAGAUGCUCGUUUUAACUUAGCCACGUGCGUGAGCUCAAGUUCGUGAAACAAAUUUAGUCAGCUGCCGGCUACCCGACCUAAGCCGGCAUCGGUAGACUCCUCAUAGUUCCUCAAGCCAACCAGGUCCAUCUGAAACGCACAUUCACCACACCGUAUCAAUUCUCAAUCAAUGUGAGGCCGGAGAGCAAACAAGGAAACAAAGAAACAAUGACUAGCAACAGAUCAGGCGAUCCCAUCUCCGAAGCGUCGCCCCACCUCCGCGUUGCGAGACCAACCGACUCGAUUCAGUCUCUUCUUCCCUUCUACGUCGACGGGCUGGGCUUUGAGGUGAAACUCUCAUUCACCGGCCACGAGGGCUUCGACGGUGUGAUCCUAGCGUCAUCCGCUUCAGGCUACCACCUUGAGUUCACGCAGCACGCAUCUCAUCCUGCCGGCCGCGCGCCGACACCGGACAACCUGCUCAUCUUCUACAUGCCAGACGAAGCGCUGCACCGGAGCGCCGUGGCUCGCAUGAGAAGCGCGGGUUUUGAGCCCAUCGAGAGCUUCAAUCCGUACUGGGACCGCUGCGGUGCGACGUUUGAGGACCCGGACGGAUAUAGAGUUGUCCUGGCGAAUAUGAAAUCGCCUGUGUGAAGUCAAUGGAGUCCCUCGGCUGCCUCUUCACCGAGCGCGGCCUGAAAUCAAUCGCAUCUCUCGGCUACUUCUUGACCGAGCGCGAUCCUAUGAUAUGCCGGCGCAUUAACCUAAUCGGAGAUGAGAUGAUAGGGCAUUGAUGAAAUGCACCGCUCAUUGAGAGCUGAGAUACUCAAUAGAAAGGGGACGGACACUUCAUGCACUCAUCCUAGUUCUACAUGAGACGCAUAUGGUAUUAAAGGGGUACGCGAUAAGGAUAAUCAGCGAUGAGGAUGCAGAGGUUAUAGCAUUUAACGGAUAGAGUCUAGAUCGCAAAGCCAAGUCUCCAUAUGCAUGUAGAC